AUGGAGUGUGGAACGGGAUUCCAUGAAAUUGCAUCCCUUGUGAGUCAUAAGAGAAUCCGCACAGGUGAUGCGCCAUAUAAAUGCAUUGAGGAUGGAAAGUGCUUCGACAAAGAGAGUAAUCUUACAUCCCAUAGAAGGAUCCACACGGGGGAUAAGCCCUAUAAAUGCAUGGAGUGGGGAAAGACCUUUAGACACAGCAAUAAUCUUACUGCCCACAAAAGGAUCUACACAGAAGGGAAGCCAUUUAAAUGCAUGGAGUGUGGAAAGGGCUUCAGUGGACUCAGUGUUCUUACAUCCCAUAAAAGGAGCCACACAGGAAAGAAAACAUCUAAAUGCAUAGAGUGUGGAAAAGGCUUCAGCCAACAUGAUAAUCUUACUUCCCAUAAAAGAAUCCACACGGGAGAAACCAUUUAA